AUGGCUGCUGCAAUUGAAACAAAACUUUAUAUAACAAAUUUUCCAAGUUCAGCUACUCGACAACAGUUGCAACAAUUUUUUUCACGUUUUGGCCGUGUACAAGAAUGUGCAAUUAUGUGGAAUUCAUAUGCAUUUGUUCAUUAUGCGACGAUGGACGAAGCUCGCCGUGCACUUGAUCAAUCGAAUGGUGCCAUGUUUCUUAAUCGAAAACUUAUUGUUCAAUUAUCGACAUCACGUUUUCGACCGCAACCUAAAGAAGCAGGCACUUCGAUAGCACAACCACCGAAACAAUUAAUGGUUAUGACUAAUCCAUCAUCAUCGAUGAAUUAUCAUAAUUUUACCAAUGGAAAUAAUAAUGGAGGAGGAUCAACGAUAAAAAGCCAACAGCAGCAGCAGCAGUCAAACACACUCACACAACAAUAUCCGAAUGAACUCAAUUACGAUAUGUUAACAAGUUACCAUACGCAAAAUCAAUUACCAUGUCCAUCAUCUCUGCAAGAUGGACAUAAUUUCUUUCCUAAUACGUAUCGUCCUCCAUCACCUUUCUAUUUAUCUCAAGAGCUCAACAAUGGCUAUUAUCCACAAUAUGCAAAUUUACCUGUCGACAGAAUGACGCCUUCACCAUUAUCGCUUCAAGUCAAUAAAAUUAAUAAUAUGAAACCAAAUAAAACAAUCAAAACAAAUGUUGGUACAAAUGGUGAAAUUCCGAAAUUAUAUUGUACGAAUUUACCGGAGAAUUGUAAAGUGAAUGAUUUGCAACGGUUGUUUUCACCAUUUGGUCACGUGGUUGAUUGUGUCAUUCUAUGGGAUUAUUAUGCAUUCGUUACAUUUAAAACAUUUCCUGAAGCAGAACAUGCUUUACAUACGCUUCAUGGUUAUACAUGGAACGAUCGACGUCUUAUAGUUGAAUGGUCACGUGCAUCGGGAAAGCGACAACAACAAACAUCGCCAUCACCAGCAACACCGAAACUUUGUUCAUUUAAUUCGGAAAUUUCAACACCAGAUUCACCUCGUACACGCCCGUCAACAUUAUUAUCUCAUCAACCUGCGUCUAAUGAACAAUUUUAUGGAAAUAACUCACCGAAAGUUCUUUCACCACUUAAAUCUCAAUCACCACGUCAUACGUUCAAUCAAAAUCUUGCUAUGAUGUCAAUAAUUCAGCAGCAGCAGCAACAACAACAACAACAACAACAACAGCAACCAGUUUUUCAUCAUUCAUCAAUGCCAUAUGGGACAUUUUCAAAUAGAAAUAGUUUAGAAACAUUAAACAAUGAAAAUCAGCCGAUAUUUGAUAGUUUAACAAAUUCAUCAUCAACACACCAUCUAAAUCUAUCACCAUUUAUUGAACGUAAUGCACCGAAUUCAAAUACACUUUUUCCGUCGCCAACUGAAAUGGCAACACCAUCAUCACCUGUUUCACUAACAAAUGUUUAUCAACCAUCGGAUAUUGUUGCUCUACUUGAACCAUCAUCAUCAUCUGACGUAUCGGCUAAUAUAAAACCGAAAGAAAAUUCAAUUGUUAACGAUAUAACCAAUAUUUUAUCACCAACAAUAACAAAUGUUCAAUCAUCAUGUUCAUCAAGAGUCGCUGCAACUGCUAAUUUAUUUCAGGAAAAUCUCUUAUCAUCAUUGUUUGGUUCAUUUGAACCGUUCAGUAAAUUAUUUCCGAUUGAUGAUCAACCACCAUCAAGCUCAACUUCACGUUAUAAUCAUCUAUUACCAGCAUCACCAUUGCUAACAACAGCACCUGACAAUAGUCAUUAUCCAAUCUACUAUGGUCAUAAUACUUCUUGGGAUUAG